AUGGCUCUACGUGAGUUUAAGGCGCCUGUCAGCUAUGAGAAGCAGCAACAUGCCUUUCAGGAGUUUUUGACAGGAUUCAAGACAUCGCCCGAGCAAACAAUCACAACUGCGCUGGGAAAUAUCACAAUCGGAGAAGAUGAUUUCGAGGAUGACUUGAUGGACGAGGAUGGACAGGACGUGAACCAAGGUCAACAAGCCAAGGAGCGCCGUUCUCCCCAGUACAAGUACAAGAAUAUGCUGCAGCAACUGUCCGAUCGAACAAUCGACGAGGCGACAAUAGAUCUCGAUGAUCUAUCAACAUGGGAGAGUCAAGCCUUCGAGGGUGAGGAGAGUCUCAGGCUUGUGGAUUCCAUUGAGAUGAACACAAAGCACUACGUCGAAAUUUUUUCCAGGGCAGUGGACGAAGUACUACCUCCAGCAAGUGCAGAUACAACUUUCAAGGAUGAUGUUCUCGACGUCUUGAUGGCUCGACGACAGGCCCGCAACCGAGAGCUUGAUGAGGCUGCUGAACGUGACCCGACUGCUGCAGACGACAAGUUCCCUGCAGAACUCACCCGCAGAUACACUCUUGUCUUCAAGCCUCGAUCUGGCACCUCAAGCCAGCCUUCAAAGGCACUAGCAGUACGGCAAGUACGCGGUGACCACUUGGGUCAUCUGAUCACCGUUCGCGCAAUUGCUACUCGGGUCUCCGAUGUCAAACCCAUUGUGCAAGUCAGCGCAUACACCUGCGACAGAUGUGGUUGUGAAAUCUUCCAGCCUAUCACUGAUAAGCAAUAUGGUCCCUUGACUAUGUGUCCUUCAGAAGACUGUAAACAGAACCAGGCCAAGGGUCAACUCAACCCCUCUUCAAGAGCCUCCAAGUUCUUGCCUUUCCAGGAAGUCAAGGUCCAAGAAAUGGCUGAGCAGGUUCCUAUAGGUCAGAUUCCUCGCAGCCUUACAGUUUUCUGCCACGGAACGCUUGUCAGACAGAUCAACCCUGGUGAUGUUGUUGAUAUUUCGGGCAUUUUCCUCCCCACUCCUUACACAGGAUUCAAGGCCAUGAAGGCCGGUCUACUCACCGACACUUAUUUGGAGGCACACCACGUCCUUCAGCACAAGAAGGCUUAUAGCGAAAUGAUCGUUGAUCCCACGUUGGUCCGUCGUAUCGAGAAGUACCGCCAGACCGGCCAGGUUUACGAGCUUCUCGCCAAGUCGAUUGCCCCCGAGAUUUUCGGACAUCUUGAUGUCAAGAAAGCCCUUCUGCUGCUUCUUAUCGGUGGUGUGACAAAGGAGAUGGGAGACGGUAUGAAAAUCCGUGGUGACAUCAACAUCUGCCUGAUGGGUGACCCUGGUGUGGCCAAGUCUCAGCUUCUCAAGUAUAUUUCAAAGGUUGCCCCUCGUGGCGUCUACACAUCUGGCCGUGGAAGCAGUGGUGUCGGUCUUACCGCUGCCGUAAUGCGAGAUCCCGUCACCGAUGAAAUGGUCCUUGAAGGUGGUGCUCUUGUUCUCGCCGAUAACGGAAUCUGCUGUAUCGAUGAAUUCGACAAGAUGGACGAGACUGACCGUACCGCCAUCCACGAAGUUAUGGAACAGCAGACCAUUUCCAUCUCAAAGGCCGGCAUUUCCACCACCCUGAACGCCCGUACCUCCAUUCUCGCUGCCGCUAACCCUGUCUACGGACGUUACAACCCUCGCAUCUCUCCAGUUGAGAACAUCAACCUACCUGCCGCACUCUUGUCCCGUUUCGAUAUCCUUUUCUUGCUUCUUGAUACCCCUACCCGCGAAACAGAUGAGCAGCUUGCUAAGCACGUUACUUUUGUGCACAUGAACAGUCGGCACCCCGACAUCGGCACUGAUAACGUGGUUUUCAGCCCUCACGAGGUGCGGUCCUAUAUUGCCCAGGCCAGGACCUAUCGACCUGUUGUCCCUGCGAACGUGUCAGAGUAUAUGAUCAAGACAUAUGUGCGCAUGCGAGACCAGCAGCAGCGUGCUGAGAAGAAGGGCAAGCAGUUCACUCAUACCACACCCCGUACCCUCCUGGGUGUUGUCCGUUUGGCCCAGGCCCUGGCACGCCUACGAUUCAGUAACGAGGUUGUCCAAGAUGAUGUUGACGAGGCCCUUCGACUAGUCGAGGCUAGCAAGGAAAGUCUUAACAACGAACUCGAUGCUGGGCGUCGCAACAUGAAACCCACGGACAGGAUCUAUAACUUGGUCAAGAAUCUGGCUGAAACUGGUCAAUGCCGCCCUGACGACGCUGCGGAUGAUGAAGACCUGGGUAUUGAGCUGAGCAUGAGCAAGGUCAGGGACCGGGUCUUGGCCCGAUUCACCCUUGACCAGUGGCAAGACGCUCUUCAUGAACAUACCUCAGUUUUGAAUGUUUGGCAAACCACUGGCAACGGUGCCAGACUGGUAUUUGUGGUCGUCGGUGGCGAGAAUCAAAACGACGAUGACUUUUAA